UGAUUGCAAAUUAAUCAUCACACAUGAGACAUUACAUGACAAAAUUGACGCACCAUGGUAUAUAUAUAAAUAUCCCUUUUGCCCACAGAGUUUUUCAUUUCUUCUAUAGCUACCAAUUUAUAAUAUACAGAGAGAGGAAUUGAAUUGAAGAAGAAGUGUAGCAAGCUAAUUAAGAUGAGCGCCGUAUGCAUAUCUAAGUGUGUAAGCGACGCACGUGUGCCGGUUCGUGGCACGUACGUGAACCUGUACAAGUGGCCGGAAUCGGAUGCGGAGUUCGUGCGGAGAAGGGGUUCGCACGUGUGCGGGCACCCCAGAGUGGUGGACAGCAUCUCGUGCAGGCAAAUGUACCUACGAAGCUACAAAUUUUCGAGGAAAGAGAGUGUGCCGGAGAAGACCCAGAAAUGUUUUGGGAGAGUUAAGGAGAGAGUGAAGGGAAGAAGGUCUCAUCACAUUGUUUGGAGGAGAAGAAGGAAGUGUUUGGUUUGGAGGAAAAUGAGGGACAUUUCAUGUGCUCUUUUGUUUAGGAUUUUUCGUAGGUUCUUGUCUUGUGGGGCUAGUGUAGAUGUUGUCCAUUGAUAUGUUUUUUUUUCUUUUAAUGAAUGAUUCAGAUUUCAGAGAGAAGGGUCUUCUUUUUGUGUUAAUGUUUUCGGUUAUUUUAUUUUAUUUAUUUGUUUUUGAGUUGGGUCGUCUAAGAAUGUGUCAACUGUGAAUGUUUGGGCAUGGUUAUAUUAUACA